CAUUUCCUUCUGUCUGGACCAGUGCGCGGCAAGAUGGACAUGCGGUCGAAGGCGUACCCGGCGCUGCCGGAUUGCCGCGGUCUAUGUCUGGUGAUCCCGCGUGCCGGAGACCUGCGCUUCCGCCCGCAGAUUCCAGCAGCCUUCAAGCAAAGGCUGUACAUCCACGCGGAUCCGCGCCGCCGCUUCUGGUACGCGCGCUUUCAAGUGCGGCGCAAAUUCAUCGUGAUGUCGACGCAGGGAGACCUGUACGCCAAGACCAGCGUGGCCACCUUCACGAUGGCUGACCUGCCGAAGCAGAACGUGCUCAGCAUGCCUCGUGUGGCACGUGGAGACCUCGUGAAGGUGUUGGACCUCGUGCAGUGCUCAAGAAGUGAGGGGCAGCAAUGGGAACUCGUAUUCACGCGCUGGCGCAACGGAAUGGAGACGUGGCUGCCGCUGGAGGUAGUGCAACUUUACGCGACCAAUCUGCUGCAGGAAUUCUUCGUCAACAGUAUUAACUCGUGGGCCUUCCACGGCCGCUUGCAACCGGGAAACCUCUCAGCGUACCGAACAGAGGUGGAACUUUGGCUUUUUCACCCUGAAUUCCAGGAAUUCUACAAGCGAUUACGCCUGAAGCGAGCAGGUGGUAGUACAGCGUCGAAUCCGCAGCAGCAAGCAAGACAGACGUCGGAUCGGGUACCUAUUAAACCGGAGCAAUUGACGGCUCCUGUAAAUACUUCACAUACAUCGCCAGCACCACACCCAACGCAAACAGCACAUCCACCAGCUCUUGUAACAACAGCGACGGAAAGUGACCCAUCAGAAGCCGUGAUUCGGGAAUUUGAGCAGCGAAGACUUGCGAGGGAACGUCAGGAGCGUCAGGAACAACUUGAUCGAGAUCGCCAACAGCGGUUGCUACAAGCGCAGCAGCAAAGACAACGACAGCAACAACUACAGGAACAAGAACGCCAGUGGCGUCUUCAGCACGAACAACAAAGGAAAAGAGCGCACGAAGAGCUACAAAGAAGCCAAAAGGAAUAUCAGCAGCGGCUUCGAAUGCAGCAGGAACGAGAAAAACUAAUGGAAUUGCAGCAGCAAGAGCAUGGAAGGCAGCAGCGAGCAAAAGAACAAGAACAAUUGCGCCAGAGGUUGCAACAGGACAAAUCUCAGAAGAAGAAAUCUGUUCACAAGCAGAUACCUACACAUCGGCAAGAAACGCCGAUGCGAACGCAACUUCGACCUAAAGAACGGCCAAACAAGUCUGACUCUCACUCCUCCCAAAAGUCAAAAGAUAAACAUUCCAGCUCCAUUUGGAAUGAUGGUGGGGAUGAUGAGUACGUUCCACCAGAGGCAAGCGACAGUGAGGAUAGCGACACCGGUGAGGAUAGCGAGGUGAGUGAGGACAGCUUACGUAGCCGGCCUAUCCGAAAGCGCCGCCGAAAGCGAUUAUUAUACUCCCAAGUAGAGCUUGAAGACGACGAUGAUGAAGACCUUCCAGACCUGUCACAGCCUCGAACCCGUCGACGGAAAACACUUCAAAGCAGUAGUGAAGAUGGUUCUCCUGUUGGGACGCCUACGCGGGCAAGUAAAAAACGCAGAAGAUUACGGAAGCCCGAUUCGAAUGGAGGAAAAAGUAGCGGUGUUGAUGUUGACCUCACGCAGGUAUCAGGUGAUGAAGAAGAAACAGACAAUUCAGUGGAGUUGCUGGCGGAAAAUGGGGUUACCACGCCAGUACAAUCGAAUGGAGGAGAAGCUGGUGAUGGUGAGGUUAUUUCAGAACUUGAUAUUGAUCUCGACGACGAUUUAGACUUUGAGCCUUCAAUACUUAUUGGAAAGAUUCAGUGCGUGUGCGGGGUUACCUCUGUUGGGGGGUAUCGCGGACAAUGGCUCCAGUGCUGGAAAGAAGAUUGUGGUGUUUGGGAGCAUGCCGACUGCGUUGGAUAUUUGACAAGUUUUGAAACCCGUCCACCUCUGAAGUACCUCUGUAGUCGUUGUGAUCCUGAAGUAUACUCGACACGCUGCAUGAAAGCAUCCCACCGAAUACUGGAUUGGCUAUUUCAGUGUUGUGGCAGUAGGAACUCAAAGAAGUUGAUGGAUUUACUGGAAGACAACACUGGCGUUGCAAAUCUCCCUUCCGACUGGAAAAAUGCAAAUUACGAUAACAGGACUCUGGCGAUGCAUGCAGCACGUAAUGGCCUUGUGAAGUGCUUGUUUUAUUUGCUGGAUAAGCGCAAGGUGAACCUUUUUGAGACGGAUUCACGAAGUCGUAACGCACUGCACCACGCUGCGCUUGGGGGAUCAGUCCGGUGCUGUCAGGCAUUACUGAAACGCGAUCGAAAACUGCUGCUUCACCAAGAUUUGCGGGGGUGCAUGCCUUUUCACUUAAUGCUGCAAUCAGCUAAAGUAAACCGUCUGUGCGUCCCAUUUAUCAGGGAGGACGCGGCGCUAGUGGGUAUGGGUGACCUAGACUCCAAUUUUCCGAUUCACUAUGCUUGCCAGGCUAUCAACAAGAGCACAGUAGAGAUAUGCCAAAUGAUCUUCACUGCUCAGCCGUCAAUGCUUCAGGAGAAGUCCAGCGAUGGUUUGUAUCCCCUGAUGAUUUUGUGCAAGGCAACUGACACUGCUACUGCAAUACGAAAUAGGGCAGUCAAUGCGGGCGAAGUUUGCACAAGUGCGAAGGAUAUUAUCGCGUUGAUGCUUGAUGUCGACGUGUUUGGAGACUGCUUGAACCAGACGGCACCUAACGGGUGGCCUCCACUUCAUUUCGCUGCAGCGUCGGGCAAUCACGAGCUUGUUACACAUCUUUGUAAUAUUGGGCUCUGUGAUGUGCAGCAUGCUGCGAAGGGAUCUGAUCAAACAGCUCUUCACAUUGCGGCACAGAACAAUCAUCCUCUGUGUGUCCGUGCACUUCUUCUGGAAGGAUUAAAUGUUGUGGCAAAGGAUACAGAUGGGUGGAUUCCAAUGCUGUACGCGCAGGAUGCCGCCUGCGUUCAAGAAUUUAUGCACUACAAGCUGACAAAGCAGCUUUCGAGGCUGCAUCGAAUGCUGGGCAAAUUCCAGCAGAGAGGGCUUGUCUGUCGGUGGCAGCGACGUGUAGCACGGGACCCGACCUGCUUUGAUAUUCUCAAUGAUUGGUGCCAGAGUGAUACUGAGCGGAUCGAGCGAAUGGAAGGACUUUUACUGUCGAACCCUUUCUUACUUCGACUGGAUAACAAGAUGGAUUAUGUUUGGAAAUACAUUAUCCAAUCUAUCAAGAACUCUCCUGGCCAGUGCUCGAUUGGCCGUGAAAACGGAAAAGCGGGCACUCAGCAGUCAGGGCAGAAGAAGCUCGCUUUCACUUUCUCGCGCAAACACGGUUGUUUUUGGAAGCAAUUCGUUGGUAUGGGAAUGAGGCUAGAGCCUGAAGACUUUCGUUUGCCUAUAAUUUUCUCCAUUGACCGGAAUCACACGAACAACCAAGGUGCCGAGAAUCGAGAGGGUAAUCUGAAGCUUGUGCUGAUUCGACUUGCCGCUGGAUUGCUCAAAGAAAUGCCUGGUUUGCUUGUACGCGGUUCAAAUUGCGAUUUGGAGAAGAAUCCACUGUCUGCAGACAAGGAGGAGCUGGCAGCUCAAUUACUUGGCUUUUUCGUGCUGGGUGAGCUGGUUGCACACUUUGUGCUUUUUGCAGUGCCGUUGAGUGGAAUUCUGGACUUCACUGCUGCGUUUCUGCGGUGCAUCGCUUGCAAAGGGAGAUAUCGCCUGGCACAUGAUAAGCCUUGGAAAAACGCUGGGCGCUCCUUUGCUGCGGGAUUCGAGGCUGUGCUGCCAGCAACCCUAGAGCUUUUUCACGCGGAUGAACUUCGGGUGCUCUUUAAUGGCCCAGAGACGAGCCUCAACGCUUUGCAGAUUGACUGGAAUUCCGCGGUUGAUUGGAAUAUGUGCGGGCAAGAAGUAAUGGGAGAUAAUGAUGUCGAAAACGCGAAGACGUGGCUGCCUCGCUUGAUGAAUGAGCUGGUUGAGGAGGAGCAACAGCUUUUGUUGCUGUUUAUGACGGGCACAUUCCAGUUGGUAAACGAACGAUUUUUUCGGUCUGAAGGGAGUUCUGGUCGUAUUACUGUCGAGUCUUUCCCCGAGACUGACAGCAUAUUCGACCACGACGCCAUGUUUCCUACGAUGGAGCACAAACCAGAUAUACUACGACUUCCGUCAUAUUCAUGCUACGAAGCUUUCAAGAAGGGGGUGCUAGCUGUCAUUCGUCACACCGAUAAAGCAUUUCUUCCGGAAUAAUGUAAAUGGAGUUUGAAACAACUGAUUUGUGCUUACGGGAGUUCGAAGAGAUAGUUCUGCAACAACGUGACUACUGGAAUAUCUAUGAGCUCUGCAAAGAGAUCGUCGACUUCCUCGCGCGUGCUCACACACUCCAAUUCAUCUGCUCGGAAGUUGAAAAGUGCAGCAGCAAAAACGGCAACGAGCUCUAAUGAAUCGUAGCCAAUGACGCGGUCCCAGAGUAGGAGGACUUGAUCAAUGUCUAAUACGCCCGAGAAAGCACUCUGAAUCCACGAGAAGGCAAUAUCCAAAGGUGUGAUGCCAAUAUUUCUGAGAUGGAAUACAACGGCGGGACUUGAGCGCGCGACAAGAUCUUCAAACAACUUGCAAAGAGGAAAGAUCGUUCCUCGUUCAGUACGGAUAGCAUUGAGCUUGCUCCAGUAGCGAGUGUACAUCUCACGGAAUACGUAGUAGAUUUCUACAGGAUCCGCGUAGAGAUAAGCAAGUGGAGCCAUGUACAUGACGAGGCCACUGAAAGGCAACACUCCGUUUGGAGGGACUCGGCACUCGGUCACGUCAGGCGUGGCGUCGUCUGGCUGUAAAUCUGCUGUUUGUGGAAGUCCAGCUCCAGACAGAGAACAUGUCACGGUACCAUUCACUUGCAGUGCGUGUGCCUUGACGUAUGUAUCCCGUGUGAAUGCCAUGAGUACGCUUUCGAGAUGGUCUUGGAAAACGAAGUAGUCACAGCUGUCGAUCGUUUGCUGGAGAUCAAGCAAGUACAUGUCGUCCGUGAGGUAGGCCCACUGCGCGGCAUGCUUUUGUAAAUGUUCGAAGUAGCUCCGAUCCUGUGCGGUGACCGGUACCGACAGAGCCUGUCGCCAUAUCUGUUGACACGUAGAACCAAAGUGGUCAUUUGAGUGAUCAUGGAUUUUUGAAGUUAUCCUACCUGGGGUCGCAAACUGACAGGGCAUCCUGUCUUGGAGUACUGACGAGCCAUUGACACACUUUGAUGUGCUAGAACAAGAUCGCCGACACGGUUUUUCUCAGCGAUGAAAGCACUCCUUUGCGCUGGGAAAAGCUCAUCCAGUCCAAUUUGACCGUAUCCAGGGGCUAGCUCUGGGAAUAAUCGUCGAUAUUCAGGAAAGGGUGGCGAAUAGAGCUCAAACUGAAUCGAACCUGCACCACCGCCGAGUGUCAGUUUCUGUGCAAUGAAAGACAGAGCAGAGUGCAUACCCCAAGUGCUUGGUGACAGCUCCAUCGGCUCACGAGUUCGGUUGGGUGGCUCGAUGGCUUGAAGUGAACGCAGCAGAUCGAUUCUAGUGUUAAAAGAAUAUUACGUCAAAAAGAAAGUAUUGGUUUGGCCGACCGAUAGCUUCAUGACGUACCCGUCGUAGAGAAAUCGUGCAUUUAGUUUUUUGCUCAGCUUGGGAGAUUUCAUACUCUCCUCCUCGAGUGUGGCUGUCUGUCCAUCAUCGCGAUCUGGUGUUUCCACGGUCGCUUUCGGGGCUAUCAGUGGCCGUCCGAGCUCACUCGCAACCCUCAGCAUCUCGUCGCUCGUGAUUUUCUCCCAGUUGUCGCGCGCAGCCCGAACGACGUCGAGACUGCAACCAUCCGCCAUGCGCACCCCCGGCAGCAAAAGCCCAUCGUUUGGCGAGCAUCUCAACUGUUUCUUCGACGCUGCAGUUGCACUCUGCAUGGCCUCGCAGUGCAGAUCGAUCACCGUGCGCUUGAUGAGCCCAAGCAGCCCCAUCUUUUCCAGCAGGCAGUACAUGAGCGGAUUGUCCAGUGUUUGCAGACUCUGCACCUGAUCUACCGAAUACUGCUGCUGUGUGAGCUCCAUUUUGACAGCGUGCUUCCACUCUUUCACUUGGUCCAGAGCUGCCAGCCGUUCUGCCAGCAAAAUCGCUUUUUCCUCGAGCCCCAUUUCCUUCUCGUAGCGCACUGCCACCAUCGCUCAAAAGGCACACUUCAACUCGUUUCUGAACGUCAUAAAGCACUUUUUCUGGA